AUGUCCAAACAAGGUAGUAAAUUGCGAGGUGCAUCUGUGUGGAUGGGUCAUGUGACUGUUCCUACUGAGUAUGGUCAUGAGGACUUGACUCCUCUACAAGACCGGCGCAGCCACCCGUACAAACAGAACUCAACAAACACAACGCGUAUAAACAGUGCCAAACAGAAUCAACUAUCGUACACGCACACCAGUGCAGAUCCCAUCCAGAUAAUUCCAUCCCAUGCACUUCCCAGAUUAAGUACGAGAGUAAAUGUUAAAAACAUGCCGAGCAAAAUCCCUCGCCCUCAACGCCAGCUUAACCGGUCCAAUGAUCCCUAUCGCACCGCUGACGCUGUCGCAAACCACAUGCGGGUAUAUCGUAGUCCAUAUGUAUGA